CUUUACAGAUAGCUGCGUAUAACAACUAGGAUUACAUUGCAAUAAAAUAAGAUCUACCUAUAGGUACUUAAGUACUUCAUAUUCUUAAGUUUUCAUGUAAAUUGAGUGUACGACGUUAGAUGAUUUACUUAAUGUUUGUAGAGACAAAAGCUUGUCGCAAAAUUUACUUGAGUAGAUAAAAAAAAUAAUAAAAAAAAAGUGAUACAAUAAUUAUGUAUGUAUUGACAAAAGUACUUACAUCUCGCGACAAGCUUUAAUCUCUACAAAGUUUAAAAUAAAGUUCGAUUCAAUUUAGUCUGUUUUUCUUUUUAGAGUAUCGAAAUAAAAGCUAUUCUUUAAUAUUUUUUUUACCAAGUAUUAAGUUUUUCUAUCGACCUGCUUCAUCGUAUAGCAAAAGUAAGCGACUGAGGUUGCCGUGUCGGGGUAAGACCAUUUGAAUUUAUUUCAUCCUGUAAAUUGUAUAAUUUAUUUAUUUAUUGAUAGCUAACAUUUAUAGAUGGAUUGAUCAACCCGAAGAAAGGUCUGAGAAUAAUAACUAAAGCUAGGAGACAUUAGCAAAAAUUUCUUUAGUUUCCCAUAGUAUGUAUGUAUCACCGUCUUUAGCCUUUUUGCGCCGUUUUGACAGCGUUGUCAACAAAUAAUAAUUACUGCCCUAUUAUCUAAGAUCUAUUAUAAUUCUUGCCACAAAUAUUAUAAUUCUCUUUGUUGUAAUUAUUCUUUUUGAAUACUACAACAGUUUCCUUGUAAUUAAUAAAUAUAAAAAUGUAUGGUCGGAACGAUUUCCAAGGGUCGUACUACGAUCACCUUUGCUCGAUCAUCCCGCAGAAGGACGUGUUACAGACAGACAUCCUAGGCAACGGUUUUGGAGUAAUACUGAAGAGGUGGUGGAACGAUAUGUUCCUCCUCUCGUAUAGCGACCGACGGUCACAGGUGUAUUUCACCAGCUCUCACGCCAUGCGCAUGGAAAGAGUCAAACAGUACCGCCGGUAUCGAAGUCGCAUACAUCCUUUUAGUAAGUUCAGGAACUCCUGGGAUGGGCUCAUGCUGGUUGUGUUCAUAACAAAGAAAUUUAUAUUUCACCAUAACACUUCAGUAUUAUUCGGGCAAGUGUCCCCCGCUCUGUACUACAUCGCGGUUAUUUUUGAAGUCAUCAUACUGGUAGACUUGCUCGUCAACUUUAAAACUGGAUACAUAGACAAAGAAGCCAAAAAAGUUGUACUGAACGCGAAGAAGGGUCUGUUGGAGUAUUGUUGUACGAAGCUCUUUCUUCACUGCGCAUCGGCUAUACCUCUUCAAACUAUAAUGUUUAUGAGAUACGGUCUUGAAAUUGACUGCUGCCUCUGCAAGACUAACUACUUCGUCUCCACCUUAAGGAUCAUAAAUACCGUCAGUCUGUACAGAGUUUUCGAGACAACCAAGUAUUGGAUUCGAGGCCGUGCUUCCUCUAAAAUUACUCACGUGUAUAAAUUUCUCCGUAUCAUAGUUUUAGGAUUCAUCACGAUGAUGCAGUUUUAUGAUUUGGUUGACACCAUUGGAUUGAUAAAUAUUAUAAACACUGGGGAACUAUACAAUGAUUCUCUUUAUAGCAUUCUCCUUAUAUCUAAAUUUGGCGAUCCGGAAACUAUGAGUAACUACAAAUUGAUCUGUUACAAUUUUGGCAGAAUUUGCAAAUCCCUCCUACUUUUCACUUUUGGUUUUAGAAGCAGUGCGUACUAUCUUGAUAAAAUGACGUCACUGACAGCCUAUAUUAUAGCCAAUAUAUUUUACAUGUGGUGUUUCCUCGAAUGUUUUGCUUUCGUGAAUUGGUUGAAGUUUCCGGAGGACCAAAUCAUCAUCAGCCAGGAAAUAACCCUUAACUUAGUCCACUGCCGUCAGCUUCCAGACAAAUUAUGCGACAAAGUGAAAUUGUAUUUUGCCUUUAAUAGUUCGAUUAUGAGGAAAGUACAGACCAUGAAUGGACUGUACAUAUCUUUGCCUAAGAUCCUGAAAAAGGAAGCCAUGUUAAGCUGUUACCAGAAAAGAUUAAUGAAAAUUCCGUUCUUCUCCGUUUGGCCGCUUGAUAUAAUCGAGAAGGUUGUGCUGCUGCUGAAGGAGGAGGUUUAUCUGAGGAAUGAUGCCUUAACUCAGCCAUGGGUAAGUGGAAAAGGUCUGAUGAUAGUGGACGUCGGCGAGCUGGCGGUGUAUUCUGCGCAGGAGCAGGAGACAGGACACCUCAUCGACGGAGACUAUUUCGGCGAGCUCUCCCUUGUCACUGACAUGGAAGUGCGCAUGUCAUAUGUCGUCGCUAUUACUCCUUGUAAGAUCUUAGUGCUACAAAAGUCUGCGUUUCGAGAGCUCAUGAGAAAUUACCCAGAAAUGUUCUUCAACUUGAAAAACCAGCUGAAAAGGAAGUUUAGUUCAGCUGAGAUCGAAGAGCCGCAAACGUAGUUUGUAAUUAUUAUUUUAUGCAUUAUUUAAGUUGCGUUAUGCAUCAUAUUAGUAUGUUUUCCAGUAUAAGAUGGCUGUUGGUAUGUGUUAGUUUAAUAAACAGUUCUACAUGGUUUUUGUGAUUUAAUUUAUUUACCCUAUAUUUUUAAAUAACAAUAACAUUAGAUAUUUUUAUGCUUAUUAAACACUGUUCGUCUUUUAUUGCAUUUACAUUCAAAUAGCCACAUUAAACUGACUUUUUUAUUUAGCCAU